AUGAGCUGCAAAGGCAGAGCUUUUAUUCAUGAAGAUAAACUUCAGGUUACAACUUAUCACAGUUGCAGUUCAAGAGAAACAGACUUUGAAGUGCUGCUUGCUAAAAUUACCAUGAAGAAAAAAGCAGAAGCAACAUCUAAAGACCUGCGCCUAAUUUUUCAAAACAGUUUGAGUGAGUUUCCAGCAGUUGUUUCUGAAUCUGUUAGUUUUCGUCAAAUUAUCCCAAGUCUUCAGAAAAGGAGAAGACUAAAUGAGCCUUCAAACCCAAAAUCACCUAAUGAAGCUGCUGAAGUUCUGAACGACAAAGAGUGCCAUCGCUAUGGAGACAUUUUCUUGGGAUCAGUUGCAGAACAGGAUAACGUAGCAUUGCUGUUUGGGCAUAUGCUAGUCAUCAACAAGGCGAAAUCGGCCAAAGUGUGUUUUGUUGAUGGAACAUUUAGCAUGACACCACGCAUGGAGGAAAGCAAGUGGUAUCAGCUCUUAAUAUUUUUUAUUGAGUAUUCAGCAGUACUUGAAGAUCCAAUUCCAGAUGAGGAUCAGAUGAAUUUUGAUCCUGAUAACCCUCACCUUUGGGGAACAUCUGUUCCAGCUGUAUGCGCUUUAAUGACAUCGAAAUCCGAGGCUCUAUACAAACUUGUUUUUUCCAAAAUAAAAGAAGUUUUAGAUUUCUCUCCAGUCACCAUUAUGUCAAAUUUUAAACGAGGACUACAGAAUGCUUUAAAAACAACUUCGAGUGAAAGCUUGGUGAAUGGUUGCAGUGCUUUAGAUGAAAACUCAAUGAACGAGGUUGAUGAGAGUCUUCCUUUGCCAGCUUCUACUUCAACAGAGUCACCGAAGUGCGUUGUUUGUACCGUCAAUGAACAAAAUGCAUUAGUAAUGCCUUGCAGACAUUUUUUUUUUGUCAGCCCUGCAUUCAACAAGUCCAAAAAAGCAACACAGCUCAUUGUCCCACUUGCUGAGGACCAACAUCAUCUAUAA